AUCAGCAGGAUGUCUGCGCUGUGCCUCUGACAAGUUCUGCAUUCAGCAAGGCAGUCUCAUUUGUGCCAGGAAUGGUACUAGGCUGUUUGAUACGGAUUAUCUGAUCCAGGGCCUUGCAGAGCUGGGAUUAUACUUUGUAUCCUGCACACACCUGGGUUCAUGGAGCAGAGAAUAUUCCUCUUAUUGGGGCUUCUGGUCACAUCCAACACAGGGUUUGUGCUGGCUCUCUUGCCUCAGCUCUCUGGGGGGAAGGUGAGCCCCCAGAUCAAGGAAGGUGGAAGAAAGGCAGGCAGGGGAGAGAAGGAAUCGGCAGCUAUCUUUCUACAGUCAGGAGUAACCCAGCGUCCAGGAUCCACAUCCCCUGGACCCCAGGGAACCCCAAUACCUGGAUAUGAUCAAAUGAGCCCCAGUUUCCACUUGGAACCAGACUCCGGGGGCUCACACAGGAGGGAGAAACGCUGUACAUGUUAUACAUACAAGGACAAAGAAUGUGUGUACUACUGUCACCUGGACAUCAUAUGGAUCAAUACGCCUGAGCAAAUAGUGCCAUACGGUCUCUCCAGUUACAGAGGAAGUGUACGGAAAAAGCGAUCAGUAGAGAAGAGUCCAGUGCAGUCCCAGUCACAUUCCCGAUGUACAUGUUUCAAACCCAGCGAUCAACAAUGUGGCAGCUUCUGCACAGAGACCACAAACAGACCUCCAGUCCGCAGAAGACAGAGAAAUAUCAGAAUAAAACAGACAAGGAUGCGUGCAGCAGCAUGAAGGCCAGCCACUGGGGUGAGGCCUGCAGCACAUCAGGUGUGAAGAUGUCAUUUAGGACAAGUGAGUUUCGGAGACACUUCUUGAUUAUUGACUUGUCGCUUAUAGGUCGACAACCAGAUAGCGGACACAGCCGCCUGUUAAAAGUGUCACCCAUUCAGGCACAAGUGACACUAAGCAUUUUACAUUCUAAAGAAUUGUCCUUACCUCAUAUCCAGUCUUUGUGUAGAGAAGUGAAGAACGACAGUGGUUACGUCCUACAACACUGGAGGGAAUUGUCCGUAGAGAGUCCAACAGUCCACUGCCAGCACCAGUAGAAAGGUGCACAAUGCAAUGUGCUGCAGACCUGCAAAACAAGAGAAAAGCGCUAAUUCACUUUGCUUUUCAGUGGGUGUGGGGUGACGUGAGUGUGCUGUAUAUCACCUGGGGCGUUGCCCUAUAAGCCUCCAUGUACUUUGAAACAUUAAUAAAGUUAAUUUGCUGCUUCAUUUAAAAGAAGAAUUUUUCUUCCCAUCAUCUCAAAGCACUUAUAAUAUUAAAUCAGGCUCACAGUGAGAGCUACUGAACGGAUGAUGGAAAGAGAGAGUCGAGAGGAUCUCUUACAUCCUUGUUACAAAAAGUGAUUUCAUACAUGCCAUCCUGACCAGCCUUCUCUGAGGAUUGGUUGGAGGGAGGACCCUUGUGAUUUGGCAGAGAAAAAUGACAUCACUCUCAAGGUUAAAGGUUUUGUAUAGAAUGAGAGAAGUUUAAGCAAGAAAUAUGUCUCAAAGGAUUAUUUAAAAAAAAAAACUACAAUGUGAUUAGCUACCUGGAGGUAAAGGUGCCAAUGUCUUGGUGGUAGUUUCACUCAAAAUAGUAACUAUAUAUACACGGUGCAGAUGUACUCUGUAAGUAAUAUAAAAGUAAAGUAACUGCCAUUCUUUCAUUACUGGGUUAUCUGUCACAUCUGAGGGUGCCUUUGGCUAACACCCAGAAUGCAGUGCUUGUUCUAGGACAACCCACCACCUCUGCAGCACCUUCUUCAUAACUCCCAACUAUUCAGAGAGACGGGAAGCCUCAGCUGUCCUGAAAGGGUCCUUUUUAGGAACUUCUAUUUGGUUGGGCAUCCGAGGCUCUGGGUCACCAAAACACAGAGGGGGCUGCAGCUCAGGAGAAAGCUGGAGUGAGGAAUUCAACCAAUAAGGGACAACAAAGUAAAAAUGUAUAUGCACAUUUUUACCUCACCCCCCAUCUACUGAAAGGCAAUUAGUGGGGUUAUCCUUUUAUGACAUGUAAAGCCAAUAAAACCAAACAAGCCUCUAGUAUUGUAUUUGUAUUGCUGAGAAUCUGUGUUAAAUUUACUGCAUAGCUUUGAAAGAAAUUAAUUAUGCAUAUGAAAGCUUUGCUAAAUCAGCCAGCCAUAUCCCGAUCCUCUAAGUGUCUGCAUUGGACUGGGUGACACCGUUAUCCUACAAUCACUAGGGUGCUAACAAACAAACAACAACUCAUCUUGAUGGAUUUGUUUAAAAUGACCUUGUUCUCAGCUGGAACGCAUUAGAACUGCAACGGUCAUUUCAGCAUCAGAAGAAAUGGAAAUCUGGACCAUAUACAACCUUGCAGUUUGAAAGUCACCCAAGAGGAAAAUAAAUUUCUCAGCACACAGUACCCCAAUCAUUGGAAGAAACCUCAAAGGACUACAAAAAUGAACAAUCACAACUUUAGGUUACAUUCCACCGUGCUGAAAAAUGCCAAACUAUCGCCCAUCAAUUCUCCUAUAUGUGACAUGAACUGGCUUAUGCAACAAGGUAAAGGGUAAUUGUCAAGUAACCCAGAAGCAACUAAGCAGAAGUCACUGUUUAGAGGUCUGAUUUCAGUAAAGUGCGGUUUGUUUGCUCUGGUGUACUGUGCCCAGUGUGGUAGAAAAAAUCUAAACAAUUAGGUGGCACACUGAAAAGUGACUGCUUUUGGCAUGAUUCCUUUAAGGCUAAAUAGCAGGAGAGCUUGUCAGUCAUUCAAUGAAAACCCGUCUGCUAUUGAACAUAGAAUCAGAAAGACUUCUUGCUCUGUGUGGACCACUCAGUUGCCAAGAAGAGAGCCAUGCUGUCAUGCCAUGCUCUUGUGUGUCUACAUGGCAUACAGCUUACCUUGUAGUCUGCCCCAGCAGAGUCUUUGGUUCUAAUACACUGCAGAUAGUUUUAGUUGCACUGCCCACUUUAGACAAAUCCCAGAAGCUAAAUGAGCCUUAAAAAACCAAACAGCUGGUGCAUAUAUUGCUGGAGCCUUUGUAGUUCAGAGUCUCCAGCAAUUCAGUUCAGCUCAGUUCCCUGAGGGGUAAGUGCCUCAAAUACCAUGCUAAUUUAAACAAGAGAAACGUGGCAAAACCAUUAGACUGUAAGAUUUUAACCAAAUAAAACAUGAGCUAAAAUUAAUUACACACAUUUUUAUUUAUCUGAAGAUGUGUAUCCUGAUCUGCCUCACACGACCUGACCUCCCCCAUGACUGGUUCUAAAGGCACAAGCAAUCUGUCCCCUGCAAUUACCCUGUGCCAGUCUGAUACUGCCCACAUACUGCUGCAGAAUAGACAAUCAAUAGGAUAGGAAGGGAAGCGCUCCCAUAGUGUAAAACUUCCAUUAUUGAUAACACAAUGAAAAGGAGAACAAGAUGUACUCACAUGGUUCCAGUAAAAACAUGACU